GGAGAGUCGCAGGCUCCCCCUAAGACAACUGAAUGGGUUACUGUCAACACACAAAGAGCCAGACAGAAGACGAUUUGGUUAAUUUUUGGCUGGCGCCAGAUGCACAGCUGGUUGCCGUGGCCUCGGCUAUGCGAUUGCAGUGUCAUAAACGCAAUGCAAAUAAGUAUAGCGACCAACGGCACGGUUCGGCACAGGUCCAUCCACAGAGCCAUCGGUCGUGUCUGGUUUCUGACCGACCAGAUGCUUGCAGUUGUCGCGCCUUGACGUUGACACGCAUGAGCGUAGCCGGAAACAUUUCUCGAGGAGAAGGCACACCCGCACUGAAAGCUCCCCACCAGGACGCCCAUGCUGACACAUGCCACGCCAUACAGCAUACUGCCUACUGCGAUGGUCACGGGCUAUUGGCCACUCAUUUGCCAAUGUUGGCGCAUUCGCCACUUCUACUUGUCGCCGGCGCAGCAACUGGUUUGAAUUCUUCAUUUGCGUGCCGAAGGCAUCUGUUGCUGCGUUUAUGCGACCGAAUCCGUAAUCAGAAAUGCAACCGAGACAAAAGCUAAGCUAUAUCCCUGAUUGAUUGUUGAAGUCAGCAAUUCAUUAAAUAUCGUC